AUGGAGGGCGAAACCAAGGACAUCGAAACCGGCAAAGCGACUGACACCGCGGUUGACAAGCAUCAAGAUGUGGAAGACUUGAAAGAACACGUACGCGAAGAUCGUAACGUCGGCACCCUUGAACGCCGUCUCAAGUCCCGCCAUGUUCAGUUUCUUGCCCUCUCUGGCGCCAUCGGGACAGGUCUCUUUGUCGGGAGCGGUCAAGCCCUCAGUCUCGCAGGACCUCUUUCAACGUUCCUGGCAUACCUCAUCACUGGCUUCAACCUCUACGCGGUGAUCAACAGUCUCGGUGAGAUGGCAACAUACUUGCCGCUACCCGGUGCUGUCCCUGUGUAUGCAGCGCGAUUUGUUGAUCCAGCUCUGGGGUUCACGCUCGGCUGGAAUUAUUGGUACCAAUUCGCAAUCGGAGUGCCCAUUGAAAUAUCCGCAGCUGCAGUUGUCAUCGAUUACUGGCCGAACGCUGUCUCGAGUGUGGUAUGGAUCACUAUCCUGCUAAUUCCCAUGGUGGUUGUCAAUUGCCUUCCUGUUCGUAUCUACGGAGAGGCGGAGUUUGUCUUUGGUGCUAUCAAGCUCACAACCAUCGUGGGACUAAUCCUGCUCAUGUUCAUCAUCACAUUGGGAGGCGCACCAAACCACGACAGGAUCGGAUUUCGAUAUUGGGACAAUCCAGGUCCCAUGCUCGAGUACCUGGAGACUGGUGCACUAGGCCGCUUUCUGGCAUUCUGGAAGGUCUUCAUCCAAGCAACAUUCAGCUACGGCGGCAGCGAGAUGGUGGUGGUGGCAGCUGGAGAGUGUGAGAACCCUCGACGAAAUAUUCCAAAGGCUGUGCGACGAGUGUUUUGGCGGAUCGCCAUCUUCUACGUGCUUGCUCUGUUCCUAGUCAGCAUGUGUGUCUCUGCGAAAGAUCCGCGGCUGUUGAACGCCAUCAGCAGCUCAGCUCCCGGUGCAGCAGCCAGUCCGUUCGUGAUCGCAAUUACCAAUGGUGGGAUAUCAGUGCUUCCGUCCAUCAUCAAUGCUGUCAUUCUAUCUUCGGCAUGGUCGGCAGGAAACUCGUUCUUCUAUGCUUCGACUCGUAUACUGUACGCCACGGCGUUGGAUCACCGCGCCCCGGCUUUCCUACGCUUUGAGAAGUUCGGUGUGCCCUACGCCUGCGUUGGAGCUACGACUCUGCUCUCUCUACUCGUCUACCUGAACGUUUCAGCCACGUCUGCGGAAGUCUUCUUCUGGAUCUCGAAUCUCUCGGCAGUGAGCACACUGAUUGUGUGGGCGAGCGUCUGCAUCACCUACAUCCGGUUCUACCACGGACUGCAACACAACGGCAUCCCGCGGUCGACGCUUCCGUACAAAUCACCACUGCAGCCAUUCCUGGCCUACUUUGCAGUCUGCUUCUGCACCAUCGUGGCUAUUUUCAAUGGCUAUGACUGUUUCUUCCCUGGGAGAUUCAGUGCCAAGAGUUUCAUCCCGCCGUACAUCGACAUUCCCAUCUUUGCUACGCUCUUCAUUGGCUACAAGGUGGUCAAGCGGACCAAGUUCGUCAAGCUGAGCGAGAUGGACUUGUGGAGUGGCAAGGCCGAGGUUGACAGGUUGGAGGGGACCUGGCCGGAGGUGAAGGCGAGAAAUCUCCUCGAGAGGAUCUGGUACUGGAUUGCCUGA